ACCUUGUCCACCAGCAGCACAGUGCGCCAGGCAGCGAGAGCACAGGCGUGGAGCACACCGGGGAGCGGGCACGACGGAGCGCCAGUAGCACGGACUUGUAGUGGCGGUACUUCACGGAGAAAAGACGGCCGGUUCUCGGUUAGGGAAACUCCGCAUUAACAUCUGUUAGGACUAGAAGAGGGGUCUUUUUCAUAUAUUCAGCUGUGGAAAAGGGAACUCCUUCACGGCCAAAUUUGGGAGUACUGUAACCGGUGGUGUGGAGAGAAAGAUGCGGUUCCACUCCGACUCGGUGCGCCGCGCAGUCCGCCUCCGACGCUGGUGAUGCCCGCCGUGCGGGGAUCACCGCCCAGCAGCAGCAGCAGCGGCAGCAGCAGCAGGAGGAGGAGGGGGUCAGGACAACAGUGCGUCGGGGGGCCGGUGAUGAUGAUGGUAAGGUCGGGAUCAUGGCUAACGGAACCGGUACCAUCAUGUUAAAAUGCGUCGUGGUCGGGGACGGUGCAGUGGGAAAAACGUGUCUUCUGAUGAGCUAUGCCAAUGACGCCUUUCCAGAGGAGUAUGUGCCCACAGUCUUUGAUCAUUAUGCAGUGAGUGUCAACGUUGGUGGGAAGCAGUACUUGCUGGGACUGUAUGACACAGCUGGUCAGGAGGACUACGACCGCCUGAGACCGUUGUCCUACCCGAUGACAGAUGUCUUCCUCAUAUGCUUCUCUGUGGUAAACCCUGCCAGUUUCCAGAAUGUGCGUGAGGAAUGGGUGCCUGAGUUGCAGGAGUAUGCUCCCAGUGUCCCCUACCUGCUCAUUGGUACCCAGAUUGAUCUUCGUGAUGACCCCAAGACCAUUGCCAAACUGAAUGACAUGAAGGAGAAGCCCAUACCCACUGAGCAAGGACAAAAGCUAGCAAAAGAGAUUGGUGCAUGUUGCUAUGUGGAAUGUUCAGCUUUGACGCAGAAGGGCCUGAAGACGGUGUUUGACGAGGCCAUCAUCGCAAUCCUGACUCCCAAGAAAAAAAAGGGAGCUCUGAAGAGAAGACUGGGACCCCGCUGCAUCAACUGCUGUCUGAUCACGUGAUACAUAAAACCGGAGAUCAUUCAGCAACAAACCAUAAACCAAACCUCGACUGGAGGCAAAAGACAGACAAAAGGAAAAAAAUGCACAGACAGCAGAGUGAGACAAAAGAGAGGACUGAAAAGGACAAAACAAGAGCCACUUUUAAGCUGCAGGGCUCUUGAAAGGCCAUAACUCUCUCCUGCUGUCCAACACAGGUUGAGGAUGCAGUUUACUACCAAAGGAGCACAAAACCCAAGUCAGUCUCUUCUUCUAAAAGACUUUUUGCCUCAAAAGUACCAUCUUUUAUAACCAUUUUUAAUCAUUUUCCUGUACAAAAUUGUUGUAAGCUGUCAUGCGAAAAAAAAAAAUAGACAUUUUAAGAGAGAUGCUACAUUUAAAGAAUUCAUAUCAUUUCUCUGGUUUUCAAAGCUAGAUUAUUGAUUUGUGCAUUUCUCCAUACAAGAGCAGAGAAAGUUUGCAGCUGAUAAAUAAUGAGGGGCUGACUUAAGUGACACUGUGACAGUGGCCAGGAUACAUUUCUGGACAUAAGGGCCCAGUUUUUUUUCUGAUUUAAAACUUGUGCUACAAAGGCUCUAUUGGCCCACAAAGUCUGGCUCCAAUUAUUUGUCAAUUGAAAAUCUGCAAAUGAAACCACACAAGGUGCUUUGCGUUGUGUGGGGGACAGCACAAAUCAACAAUGAGAGUAAUGCUGUUCAGACAACAUAUUUUGGACCUAGAACUGUAUUAUUUUAAAGUUUUACAGUCUUGUUUUUGCCUUACGAAAACCCUAUUAUUUUAUAGUGUGGCAUGCCAAAACAUACUGUAAGUUAGGGGCGGAGGUCUUUAUCAGGAACUGGAGAGGUCUAUUAUCCAUUUCUAAAAUAUAUAUUAUCCAGAGUUUAUAAUUCUAUAUCUCUAAAAUAGAGAUGACUUAGUCCAUGCGAAUAUUAUUUUGUCAGCUGAUGGCUUACUUUUUUUGCUUUUCUGCAAUAAUGUGUUAUCCUUUCAUCACCUAAAAGAAGGUUUAGAAGAACAGAAGCCGAGAUCCAAUCAUUUUUUAAAUUCCAUUAUCUCGAGAUCACGAGUGAAUUGUUAUUACAAGAUUACGAAAUAAUCAACCUGUUAUCAUGAGUAAACAAAAGGUUGUUUCCUCUUAUUACUUACAGGUUUAUCAGUGCCAUGCCAAAUUAUCUUGUUAUCGAGAAAUCUGUCUUUUGUUUUCUCAAGAUAAUGAGUUAAUUAUCUCAUGAUCUCGAGAUAACAAAGCUCAUUUCCUCAAAAUAAUUAACUCUUGAUCUUAAAUGAAUGGAAUAAAAAAAAAAAAAUAAGGCCGCUCUUGGCUUCCAUACGGAAGAGAGAAGAAAAGGGAUCUCAUUUCAGAAAUGAAACUCUGAUUCAUAUCCAGCAUCCAAAGAAUCAAAUGCACACUUUCAUCAAAUGCACACUUUCAUCAAAAUCAGGUGGCUAAGGUGACCCAAUACUGUACAUCUAAUGCACAACAUGAAGCACAUGUCUGCGCCACUUCAUUUGCCGGCACAACAAAGCACAUUCCUCUGCUUUUAAACACAGUCCCUUUCCCAGAAAUGGCUGAUUGAAGCACAGAAGAUGCACACUGUUCCAUCAGGCACAAGUAUGAGCAUAGCACACUAUCUUAACAUGCACAAUCAUAGUCCAUCAAGUCAAAUCAGAUUUUCACAAAAUAUUGGAAAGACACUAAUUCAAACUGUUUUGAAAGGGGUUGCAGCAGCUGUUCGUAUGUUCAAACUUGGCCUAGUUUUAAUUAAAGCGUUAAGUAAGUGGAAAUCUACACAUCACUAAAUUAAAUUGGGUUACACCACACAACAUAGGUCUUACUUUGAGUUUAGUUUCUACUAUUUACACCCAGUAACUGUCAGGAGUAGCUGUUUUAUAGCAUUAGCCAACUGAACCACCUAACGUUAGCUUGCUAACGUUGCCUCGUUUUGAAUGAAGAAUAAAAGAGGUAGAACAUCUGAUUUGACACUUCUAAAAUCUGUUUAAUAUUGAUGUAAAGUGUCCAUUAGAAAGUCUGUUUUACCAAAACAACACCAUAUACCUCAAAUUACAACAUAUUGUGCUAAAAUGUUAGACUAAAUGACUAGCUAACAUUAAAUAAAAUUGGUUAGGUUAGCAUAAUGCAAUAUUUCCCACUCAUUAUACAUUGUACUAAUAACUGAUAAUUGAUGAUGUUUCACUUCUGUAUGCUUACAUUUAAAAAGUAUCAGCUCUAACGUUUGAUAUAGGCUAUCACUUGGUCACCUAAACCUGUCAUUUUUGGCAGUUUAGUUAUAGCCUUGAUGCUACAGUGAAUUUGCAAAUUUCCCUCAUGGAUAAAUAAAGUACUUAGCUACCAACCAAUUACUAGUUAAGAUAUUUCUUAAGUUUUAAUACAAAUCCCUAAUUUGAAACUAGCAACUAUUCACUAAAAAUUUAUACAGGACUUUACACACAAACUUAGUGAUGGAUUUAUGAAUAGCUUGUGCAACCCAGUUGUAGAAGUCGGUCUUUCCAGUCCAAUUCAAUAGAGUUUGAAUCAAAAAUAAUUACCAAAUUCAAGUUAUUCGGUCCUCUCACGUGACAGCUGUGAGAGGUUUUAUAUAAUCUAUGGAAAAAAACAUUAGUUCAACCACCACCCAUAAUCCCAUCUUUAUAGCACCACUGUAGAAACAGGUUAUCCCCUGACAAUUCAUUGAUCCGUGUAAUAAAGUCACAUUCUAUAACAUUUCAAAUAGAAAUCAAGAUGAUAUAUGACGUUUACCAGGAUUUAGAGAAUAGUUAAAAUAUCUAUGAGCUCCAAAAACAAUUGUAUGCAACAAAGGUAUCCAGCCUACAUGUCUGUAAUACUGUAGGUAAUAACGUCAAGGUUGUGAUUGAACUUUAUUGCAAACCAAACAUCAGAAAUAUCAGCUCUUCUUAUUUUUAUGCAUUUGUUAUUGGCUUUUUCUAACCUUUUUUUGAAGAUAUUAAUCAAAGGUGCCAACUCUUGCUAAAUGACUUCUGUUAAUUUUGUGUUGAGAGUCAGAUAUGAUGAUUGAUUAAAGCUUUAAUGUAAAUGGUGCUCCUCCUCUCUGUCCCAGCCUGCGUUGUAUAACUGUCUUUCUGAGCAGCAGAGUGGAUUUCGGGGUGAACAGCCUUCUCACUCGGACAGUCUUGCUUGCUUACGUUGUGUGAAGGUCCACCCUCAGGAUCCAGGACCUAAGUGCCGCAGCCACCAAUGCAUUCUCCUGUUGAUGCUCCUCUCUUCUCAAUAAAUGUGUUUACUGUGUUAAUAA